UCCAGUUGUCUUUGCGCUUUUGGAGUGAAAAGGCGGUUUUUUGUGAUAAAAUUUUAAUCUUUGGACGCGUACGACGAACAAAUUGCGCUAGAAGAUUUUACAAUCGUUUUGCUGUGACCAUUUCGCGACGCCGUAAGCCAGCGUUUGCGUCACGAUGCCAAAGAGAAAGGCGCCGUCUGCGUCUCAAGAUGCCGGGUCGGCAAAGAAGCCCCUUCUCAAUCGAGAUAAGGAUUUAUCGUCUUUUCAGGAAAAUGUGCAGACACAGAAUGUGGAAGCCCCCAGAGGCAGUAAGCGAAAGUGGCAAAUGGAUACGUCGGAUGAUGAUGAAGAUCUGUGGAGCGGAAGGAUUCUCUACAUUCACCUGAAGAAUUUCAUGUGCCAUGGGAAUCUCCGGGUGGAAUUUAACAACCGAUGCAACAUCAUUGUGGGGAAUAACGGAAGCGGCAAGAGUGCCAUUCUCACUGCACUCAUCAUUGGACUUGGUGGGAAGGCAAGUGCUGCCCAUCGGAGUUCCAACAUCAAGCAACUUGUGAAGCACGGACAGGCGUCCUGCUCAAUUGAGAUUGCCAUUGCCAAUGAUGGAGAAGAUGCAUUUGAUACGAAAAAGUAUGGAGAUCGAAUUAUUAUCACGAGGAAAAUUUCUGCCAGUGGGGCAUCGACGUACAAAGUCGUCAAUGGUCGUGGAGAGUUCCUCUUCAAGGAUCGGCAUAUGCUGGAGCGACUGCUUAUGUACUUCAAUAUUCAAGUUGAUAAUCCCAUAUGCGUUCUCCACCAAGAUGCAGCCCGGAGUUUCCUCAAAGAAUGCGAUCCGAAGAAGUUGUUCUCAUUCUACAUGAAGGCCACACAGCUGCAAGUGAUGAUAGAAAAACUCGGUGAGUGUUUGGCGCUUUAUCGUGAGAAUAAGACUCAUUGUCAAAUCUUCUUGGAGAAGAUCGAGAAUGAUACAAAGAUGGUUGAUGAAAUGCAAGAGAAGCAGCGUGCUCUGUCCUCUGUGGGUAACAAGAAGCAAGUUUUGGCACAGAUGAAGAAGGAGCUCGUGUGGAUUAAGUACAGAGACUUGAAGGAGUUGUACGAGAAGACGGAAUCUGAAUUGCAGGAGGUACAAACAGUUGUGCAGCAGCUCAAUCAGGCAUUGGCAUCCGAAUCAUCCCUCCGGACUGAGGUGCAGAUUAACAUUCAAAAGUAUCGGGAGGAGCAGAAUGCCUUGAAGUCAAAGAUUUCCGAGAUUGUGGCACAAUUCAAUCAGGCACAGAUAGAGAUUGUAAAUGAAAAGGAAGCUGUGGAGGCACAGAAGAAAUCCUAUGAAAUUCAGAGGCAGAAACGCCAUCGGAUUGAGGAGAAUAUUCGAAUGGUUAAGGAGCACCUUGCUCAAGAUGAUUUUGAGGAGAAAUUGGCUCAAAUGAAGCGGACAAAUGAGGAAAAAAUGUCCCAGCUUGAGGAGAAGAAAGCCGAAAUGUUGGCUAUUUUUUCAAAUUUGGAACGGGAUAUAGACGAUCUGUGGAAUGCAGUUACGGAAUUGGAGAAAUCCCAUGAUAACUACCGUAAUAAGAAGGAGUACGCCGAGGCGCAGGUGAUGAGAGUAAGCCGUGAGUAUCGGCAGUUGGACUAUGAAUCAAAAGAUGAUCUUGCCGCAUAUGGAGGCUACAUGGGGAACCUUCUGAAGGCAAUUGAGCAGCACUACAAACGCGGAGAAUUCUCUGAGAUGCCAAGGGGCCCAUUUGGACGAUACGUUGAGGUUCCAGACACCAAAUGGCGUGCAAUCGUUGAAAAUAUCCUCUCGGGAUAUGUCACAGCAUUCCUUGUGAAUUCACACAACGAUCACAAACUUCUUGUGAACAUUAUGAAGAGGAUUGUACCCGAAGGACGACUUCCAUCCAUCACAGUGACCCCAUUUGAGAAGCAACUGUACAAUUACUCUUCCGGACAGUGCAAAGCAGUACGAGGAACGUACUCCUUGAUGGACGUUAUCCGCAUUCAGGAUCACAAUGUCAUGAAUACGCUUAUAAAUUGCCUUCAAAUUGAGACAAUACUUCUGACGGAGGAUAUGGAUCUUGCCAUGUCUCUCACUGAUGGUUCCAAUGUUCCACGAUAUUUGACAAAAGUCAUCCUCGCCAAGCCUUUCCAGGAGUAUGCAGCAAACCCAUUCCGAAUGUAUUCAAUGCCGGAAAAACCCGCAAGAUUCAUUCAGGUUAAUGUGAAGGAGAUAAAGGAAAAUCUGCAGCGGCGUGAAAAGAUUCUACAGGAAGAAUUGCAGAAAGUCACGCAGACGUUCAAGAAGAUUGCAGCAGAUAAGAAGCAACAGGAGACCAUUGUGACCGCUAAGACGGCCGAAAAGCGAAAUAUAAAGGAAAAGUUGAAGGAAUUGGAGGACCAAAUGAAGGAGAUUCGUGAUACGGUUUAUCCAAUGCGCAAGGAGAAUGAAGCCCUCAGGGAGGAACAUGCCACCCUUAGGAAGACUCUGGAGAAGGCGUUGUACCUGGAGAGGGAUGAGAAGGAAAAGUACAAAGAAAUGACGGACAAGUAUGCUCUUUUGACGGAGAAGAGGGAUAAUUUGAAGAAGGAAGAAGCGGAGAUUAGUAAGCAAAUUAAGAAGCUCACCUCAGCAGAGGAUAAGGAGAAUUCCAAGGUUGCGUCGGAGACACAGAUUCGUCGGGAGAAUGAAGCUAAAUUGGCGGAAAAGCAGAAGAUCGCUGAGUAUUUGCAAAAGGAGAAGGAGAAACAGGAGAAACAGAUGAAUACAGCUUUGCAGAGAGCUGAGAAGACUGGAGAGCCUAUUCAUUCGAAGCGAUCAGAGGAGACUGUGGCAGCUCUCAUUAAGGAAGGUCAGGCCAAUAUUGCUUUCCUUGAGGGUACACACGGGGACCUGGAUAAAGUUGAACAGCAUCUCAAUCAUCUCGUUACACGUCUCGAGAAGGAUAAGAAGGUAGCUGAUAUGCUCCAGUUGACCCUGAGGCAGCUCAAACAGGCGCAACUUAAGAGAUCACAGUACGUCGUUAGACUCAAAAGACACUAUUCCUGCCUCAUGGUUCAUCACUUUGGUAGAUUCCUUCAGCUGCGCGGAUUUAUGGGGGAUAUAAGUGUGGACUAUGAGAAGGGACUGUUCACUGUGAAAGUCAUUCCCCGGGACAAUCACAUCGCCAAUGCCACAUCAAACACCCAAGCUCUCUCCGGUGGAGAAAGAUCCUACACAACGGUGUCCUUCCUACUGGCAUUGUGGACUGUCCUCAAGCAUCCGUUCUUCUUCCUUGACGAAUACGAUGUCUUCACUGAUGCUCUCAAUCGGCAGUACAUGACUGAACUCCUCAUCAGGGAAUCUGGUCAAAAUCCAUACACACAGUACUGCUUCCUAACACCACAGGAUAUGUCUACAUUGGAUGCAUCCCCCAAACUCACAAUUCACAAAAUGGCUGAUCCUCAAUAAAGGAAUCAAUUUCUGAUGAAAAAAAUCAGUUUCCUAAAAAAAAAAGAUACAAACCAACACACUCUUGAAGUACAAUCCUCGAUGAAUUAUGUGUGUAAAAGAAGUUUUCUAAAUUUGAUAUUCAUUGUUAAAGAUGUUUUCUAUGUUAUAUAUGAAAUGUUCUUAUGUGAAAGGAAUUUCUAAAAAUUAAAUUUUCAACGAGAAGAAGAAGAAGUUUCCAACUACGAAAUUUUCCACAUGAAGGAAACUAUUAAAUGAAAUGAAAUUAUUCUUAUAUAUGUGAAAGAAAAAUUCUGAAAAUGAAGUGUCUUAUGUGAAGUAUGUAAUUACAUGUUUUCCAAAUCCUUA